GUCACAAACCUCGACAAACUUCAACUUCGUCAGUUAUUCUCUACAUUAAAUCCACGACAAAGAUCCCUCAACAUGGGCAGUACUACGGAAUGGACCGUACUGGAAGAUCAGCCAAACCCUGGCAACCAUACCAUCUUGACCAAGGUGGACAAACUGCGCGAGCUUAUUGGAACAAAGGUCGCCUUGCCUCAGCUCGUAGUCGUGGGUGAUCAAUCAUCUGGAAAGAGUUCGGUUCUUGAAGGCUUGACAGGUUUCGGGUUCCCUCGAGAUGCAGAGCUCUGUACGCGCUACGCAACUCAGAUAACUUGUCGCCGUGAGAAUGUAGAAAGCAUAGAUGUUUCUAUCAUACCUCACGCCGAUUCCCCUACCUAUGAGCAGGAACGUGUCAAGAAGUUCCAUCGUACCCUAAAAGAGAUGACACCUGAAAGCCUUGCCGACCUGUUUAAAGAGGCAAACGAGGCUAUGGGAAUAAGAAGCUCUACAAAGUCUACGUUGUCGGACGGUUCCAUUCUUCCAGCAUUUAGCGAGCACAUCCUCAAGAUCGAGAAGCUUGGUCCUAAUGAAGAGCACUUUACAGUCAUUGAUGUUCCUGGAAUUUUCCGCAAGGAGACUGAGGGCGUCACCACCGAGGACGACAUAGCACUUGUCAUGAACAUGGUAAAGAAUUACAUGAAGGACACCAGAACUAUUAUACUAGCAAUCAUGCCUAGCAAUGUCGACCCUGCGACCCAAGAAAUCUUGAAGUUAGCCAAGAAGGCCGACCCUUCAAUGACCCGGACCAUGGCGGUUCUAACGAAACCAGACCUGGCAAUCGAGCGUACAACGCAGAAUAUCGCCAUUGAUCAUGUCCUAGGCAAAAGGAGCGAUCUCUCGCUUGGAUAUUACAUUGUCAAGAAUCGUGGGCCUGAUGAUUCUGAUAUGACCCUCGAACAAGGCCAAGCCGAUGAGAAGAGGUUCUUUUCGCAAGGUCCUUGGGCAGCUCUUCGAGGCACCGGAAAAGCCGGAAUAACGGCGCUUAGGGAGCGUGUUCGUGAACUUCUCAUUGACCUUAUUAAGAAGGAAUUUCCAAAACUCAAAGCGGAAGUCGCCAGGGAAUUGACAAGAUUGAGAGCACUGUUGAGUGACAUGGGACAAUCGAGAAGUAAUCAACAUUCGCAGAGGGAGUACCUGAACAGGAUCAGCGAGGCAUUCCAAGCACUGGCUCGAGAUGCCCUCGAUGCAUAUUACACCGGGAACACGAUAUUUGAGGAAAGGCACGAUCUCAGGCUGAUUACUCGCAUCGUUGAAGCAAUUGAGAAUUACUCGGACGACAUGGCAACUAAUGGGCAUACUAGACCCUUUGCCUCUAAUUUUACAUCCGACGAAGACGAUACCGAGACACUAUUCACACCGACUAGUAAGAACCGCUCUAACAAGGUCCCAGAGCCUGAAGAUGGCACCUACCCCGAACUCGAAGAGAUAUUCGACACCUUGGACACUGUCAUGCCUGAUACCAGUGGCCAAGAGGACAUUAUGGAUUAUAUUUCAGGUGUUUACAGGGAUAGCCGUGGGCUGGACCUCGGAAUAGCCGGUGGUCCACUUACAUCAACUAUGUUCAAGGAGCAGUCUAAGAAAUGGAAGCCCAUUACGUUAGAUUAUAUGAGCCGAGUUAUUUGGGCUGUUCACCAUUUUAUUGUCCAGGCUCUCGAAGCUACUUGCCCUGACGAACGUGUACGUGAAGAGCUCUGGAGCGGAUAUCUACUCGAAGAGCUUCAAAAGUCUUACCGCGGAGCCAUGGACAAAGCAAAAGAACUACUUAGUAUCGAACGUGAAGGCAUCCCGCUAACCCUAAACCAUUAUUUUAACGAUAAUCUCCAAAAAGCCCAGAGCGGUCGCUUAGUCUCGCAUAUAGAGAAACUAGGAACAGAGGGAGACAUGGGGACGCCGGAUGCCAAUGGCACUAUCAUUAAAUCGGAGCCAGGAAUACACUUGACCUGGGCACAGUUGAAGAAUCUUUCGUUCAAUAUGGCGAACUCGCAGUACGUUCAGGAAUACAUGCAUGACCUGCUCAAGAGUUACUACAAGCUUUCCCGCAAACGGUUCGUCGAUGUGGUUUGCCAGCAAGCAAUCAACCACCACUUGCUGCGAGGCGAAGGUAACCCUCUCCAGAUCUUUAGCACCCGAAUGGUGCUGAACCUUAACGAAGACCAGUUGGAUAUGAUUGCAGCGGAAGACGCGCCUGUCAAAGUACGCAGAGCAAAGCUGGGGCAUGACAUUGAGCAGUUCGAGCAAGCCUUGAAGGUGCUGAAAGGCACAGAUUAAAGCAAGUCGAGGAUGGAUUGUAAGUUGAAGGAUAUAUGAUAUGUUAGAUGCACCGCUGGUUUGUUAUGACGUUCUGGUUGGCUUGGAUAAUCUAUAUCCUAGGAUAGAAACGCUAUAACUACAGUCUGCUAUGGAAGUUGUUUGGGUAACUAAGGCAAUAAAUUCAGUGUCUUGUUGA